GAGCGCUCGGCGCGCGGCCAGCGCGGCUCCGCUCCCCGCUCCUCCUCCCGCCGGGCCCGCAGGGGACAGCGACACUCGCCAGGCGCCUCCGUCCCGGCGCUGCCCCGCGCCCCCGCCGCUCGAUAAGCAGUUUCUGAGGACUGAAGUACCUGCCCAGGGAACACCUGCUCGUGAGGUGCUCAGGCAUGGCUGACCUGGACCACAACCUGAGCCUGGCCGAUGCUCUGACGGAGCCGCCCCACGACGUGGAGGAGGAGGUGCAGAGGGACUUCAUCGCCACGCUGGAGGCCGAGAAGUUCGAUGACGUGGUUGGCGAGACCGUGGACAAGACGGACUACGUGCCCCUGCUGGAUGAUGAGGACGAUGCCAAGCCUGGCAGCCAGGAGCCCAAAGGCAAAGGCCACGUGGACGGGAUCCCCGUGGAGCACUCUUCAGCCUCGGGGCCGAUGGUGGUGGAGAACGGUGACCACGGGCUGCAGGACCACCACACAGUAUUCCCAGGAGAAAUAAUGGAUGAGAAGAUGUCCUACAAGGAGUUCCUGGAUCGCAACGACUCCUGGUCAGCAGAGGAGAGGGACCUGUGCUUCAAACCCAUGGACAUGGCUGACCCCUUCAGCGUGCACAGAGGGGAGAACCUGCCGGAGCUGUCCUUCCCCACGGACAUGAAGAACGUGCCGCUGUUCCCGGGCCACGCCGAUGCUGCCAGGGACAUCCUUGCUCCACAUGGAUCCAUGAUGGGACCUGAACAACCUUUCCUGGGAUCCCUGUAUUCCCCUGCAGAGGCUCUGGACCCAUCAGCCUUCAUUGGCCUCGAGUCAGGCACAGAAUUCCUGCCAGGAAAAGCAGGCCCUGAAGAAUACUGGAUGGGAGCUCAGCAGGACAUGAAGGGACCAGAUACCUCUUUCUUUGUUGAGCCACCAGUGCCCCCCGCAGCCACAGAAGCCAUCAGGACGAGCCUGCCCGAGAGCCCCACGGCAGCAGCAGCCCCUGGAAACGUUCCUGCUGCAGCCUCAGCACUCCCAGGAGAGGCUGCAGCCACGGAUGGACCAAAGGCUGCAGCUCCAGGUGCAGCCUCCGUUCCCGCCGCCGACGCCGCGUCCCUGCCCGCAGAGGAGGCUGGGGCUGUCCCUGCUGGAGACACCAAACCCCCCCAGAGUCCUGCAGCAGCAGCCAACCCUUUCCAGGCCACGGAUGGGGGCUUUUCUCCUGCACCUGAAGCCAACCCUGCCAAAGGUGUCAAUGACGUGUCCACCCCGGGGACAGAGCUCGGCUUCUCCCCGGCAGCAGAUGCUGGAUCCCACCAUGGCGUGGAUUUGGGGCUUGCUCCAGCAGCAGGUGUGGAGUCCCACCAGGCCAUGGAUUUGGGGCUUGCUCCAGCAGCAGGUGUGGAGUCCCACCAGGCCAUGGAUUUGGGAUUCGCCCCAGCAGCAGGUGUGGAGUCCCACCAAGCCAUGGAUUUUGGAUUUUCCCCAGCAGCAGGUGUGGAGUCCCACCAAGCCAUGGAUUUUGGAUUUUCCCCAGCAGCAGGUGUGGAAUCCCACCAAGCCAUGGAUUUGGGGUUUGCUCCAGCAGCAGAUGUGGAAUCCCACCAUGCCAUGGAUUUGGGGUUUGCCCCGGCAGCAGAUGUGGAACCUCACCAUACCUUGGAUUUGGGAUUUGCUCCAGCAGCAGAUAACAAAGCUCAGGAUGUUAUGGGAUCUGAGUUUGGCCCAGCAGCAGAUGCAGAGUUUGUCCCAGCAGCAGAAGUCAACCAUCACCAUGGCCUGGAUUCUGGGUUUGCUCCUGCAGCUCCAGCCAAGCCUGUCCCUGCUGUGGAUGGUGGGAACGUGGCAGUGGAAGCUCAGCCUGGCCCUGCAGCUGCCCCCAGGAUUGCUGUGUCUGGGGAACUGCUGACAUCUGAGGCUACCCUUCAGCAGGACAAGUGUCCUGCAGAAGCAACAGCAAAGGUGGAGGCGGAAUCCAAAGUCCCAGAAGUUUGUGUGGAUCACUCAGAGAAGAUGAAGGACAGGAAACCUCCCCCGAGCCCCCGGGAGGAGGAAAUUCCUGGGAAAACCAACCAGCACCUGGAGGCAGCAGCUGAAGCAAAUGGAGCACUAGAAAAUAGAGACCUUCCAGAAAAAUCUGCACCUGCUGAGGAUGGUGAGACACAGAAGGAGGAGGCUGAGCACAACCACGUCCAACAUGCAGAACCUCAGGAGGGGAAAACCCUGCAGGAGCCCACAGCCAAGGCAGAGGAGGCCAAAGCAGCCGAGGCCGUGAGCGGGAACGACAUCACAGCUCCUCCCAACAAGGAGCUGCCCCCCAGCCCCGAGAAGAAGACCAAGCCUGCUGCAUCCACCUCCACCGCAAAGCCGGCGGCAGCGAAAGCCAAGCCCUCGGCCACCACCAGCCCCAAGCGGCCGAGCUCGGCCACCCCGGGCACAAACAAAAAGCCCACGAGCCCAACUGCAGCUCCUACUCCAGGCAGCACCUCCAAACGCCCCGGCACCAGCAGCACCCGUCCCUCCACCCUAACUCCAAAAGAGACUAAACCAAAGGUCGCGGAUGCGAAGCCCGCGGAGAAGAGAACCUCCCUCUCCAAGCCUCCAUCCUCCACCACUCCCAAAACUCCUUCCAGGAGCUCCUCUGCUGCUCCCCGGACCACGGCGCCGUCGCCGGUGACGGCAGCGGCCGCUGCCAAAACCACGGCGGCCGCUCCUCCCAAGAGGCCGACGUCCAUCAAGACGGACGCGAAGCCGGCAGAUGCCAAGAAAACCCCUGCAAAGUCUCCCACAGCGGAUCCCAGCCGCCCCAAGAGCGCCGCCGGCAGCGCCACCAAGAGCAGCGCCACCACUCCUUCCACCACGGCCUCCGGCGUGCCCGGGGCGGCCACCAGCCGGCCCAAGGCCAAAGCCACGGCCCCCAAAGCCGCCACGGCCUCCACGGUGUCGGCGGACGCCAAGAGAGCCCCGGGCAAGGCCGCGGGCAGCAAAGGCAGCGGCGCCGUCGCCCCCCGAGCGCCGCGCCCGGCCAGCGCCGCCGGGCCCGACCUGCGCAACGUGCGCUCCAAGAUCGGCUCCACCGACAACAUCAAGCACCAGCCCGGCGGAGGCAAGGGGAAAGUAGAGAAAAGGCCAGAGUCAGCCGCCGCCGCGCCCAGCUCUGAGCCCAGCGCGGGCACUAAAGUGGCUCCUAAAGUGGCAGCAAAAGAGGGGGUCCCCAAACAGCCCAAUGGGAAAGUCCAGAUAGUCUCCAAAAAAGCGAACUACAGCCAUGUUCAGUCCAAGUGUGGUUCCAAGGACAAUAUUAAGCAUGUCCCUGGAGGUGGGAAUGUGCAGAUCCAGAACAAGAAAGUCGACCUUUCCAAAGUGUCCUCCAAGUGUGGAUCUAAAGCAAAUAUCAAGCAUAAGCCAGGGGGAGGAGACGUCAAAAUCGAGAACCAGAAGCUGAACUUCAAGGAGAAGGCCCAGGCCAAAGUGGGAUCUCUGGACAACGUGGGACACUCGCCGGCCGGAGGAGCCGUCAAGGCGGAGGGCGGCGCGGAGCCGGCGCAGCUCCCGCCGGCGAACGGAGCGGGGCCGGGGCCGGGCGCGCUGCCCGCGGCCCCCGCGCUGCGGGAGAACGGCGUGGGGCCGGCCCUGGCCGCCCUCGGCACCGCCGACCAAAGGGAAAUGCAGAGCCUCGGCACUCACAUCCAAGAAACAAAUUGAGUCUCACAAGCUGACGUUCCGUGCGAAGGCCAAGGCUCGAACGGACCACGGAGCGGAAAUCGUCGUCUCCAAACCCCCCACCCUUUCCAGCAGCACCUGCCCCCGGCGUAGCACCUCCGCCAGCGACAGCCUGGGCUCCGUCGCCUCCCCGUCACCGCCGCCGGCCGCGCCCUCCCAGCAAGGCUUGUGACCCCCGGCCCCGCUCCACGCCCCGGGGCCCCCAGCUUGGCUCUCUUAACCCGGCUCUGGCUUUAGGUGGGAAGGGGACGAUGUUCCGCGGGCCGGGCCCCUCCGGAGCGCUCGGCCCCGCCCGGGCUGGGGUCCCUCGGCGGCCGGGCAGGGCUCCCCUCCCUCUCCGUGCCCGUCCCGCCGGCCCGGGGACUCUCGAGUGUUGUUGGUGCGCGUCGGGGCCGGCCCGAGCUGCGGCCGUGCCGAGCGGGGCAGAGCAGAGCCCUGGCUGCGGGCCGAGGCCAGGCCGAGUUAACAGGGAUAAGCUGUGAUCUUUCUUUCUUUCUGUCUCUUUUUUUUAACCCCUUCCCUCCUCGCCGCUUCCGUUUCUGCCGCCUGUGGGAUGCUGAUAAAUCCCCUCCACACUCGUUAGGCUGUUUUAACUGUUGACUUGAACCUUUUAUUCUUUGUGACGAAGUGUUGAUGAUUUAUCGUGUUCGAACCCGUGCUAAGUUUCCUUUUCUCUUUCCUUCUUUUCCGACCCGUAGGAGAGUAGGGACAUUUAACCGCUGCUGCCGUGCUGGCUUCUUACUGACAUAUCCAGCCCUUGUAACUUCUUUGUUGUUGUUUGGGGUUUUUUUCUUUUUAAUAUUUUAAAACGAUGGAGCGAGUUCAUGGGAUUAAGCCAUGUCCGGAAGGAAAGGCACAGGAAUGUGUAAAGGGCAAACUUGCUGUGAGAGCUCAGGUGGAGCCUGUGUUGACCUGGAGAUGCGUUAAUUGACGCUGGAGAUGUGUUAAUUGAUGCUGGGGAGCCCUCCCCGGGAUGCCUUCUGCCGAGGUGGUUAUUUAUUAACGGCGCGGCCGAGCCCUGGGAUUUGUCCCGUUUUUCCAGGGCCGUGGCGGGGGCAGGAGGGCGCGGGCCGGGAGUUCCGAGGCUGCAGCAGGUCCGUGGGGGUGUGGGGAGUGUCUGGGGGGGUGUGUGGUUUUUGGGGUGAUGGAUGGGGGACCCGAGCGAGCGCCGGGAUGAGCAGGGGCAGCAGGAACGGGGACGGGCAGCGCUCAUCCCGGGGGCAGCAGGGCAGGCUUGGUGCCAGGGAGUUGCAGCUCUGACUAGGAAGGAGAUGUAACCACUCUUGGAGCUCCUCGUUUCAAAUGACACUAAAGAAACGAAAUGUAAAUAAAAUUAAAACAAAACAAAACGAAAAGUGUUCUUAGGUGGUCAAACUAAUUUAAAGGAAAAAAAAAAAUAAAAAAAGGCAAGCAGAAUAACAAAACACUGGGAUCAAAGAGAACUGAACCAGGCGUGUGCUAAGGGGGGCUGCUCCAGGAGGGGACAGAGGGAAGCCUGCAGCUUCUCGUGCUUGUGGGAGUAUUUCUUUGGGAAGCCAACACGAUAACCCAGAAUCUGUAUUUACACACAAAGAUUCUUAUUGCACUUGUAUUUUUUAUAUUAAAGUUUGCAUGGUUUCUAAUAAAAUGGCAUUAAAAUGUACUAGUUUGCAUCAAAGUCGUCUGGUAGUUUCAUAAGUGCUUUUUCAUCUGAAUACAAAUUUAAACGAUGCAGAUUUGCACCUGAAAGGGGCGGUUAUAUAUACCCAGAGACCUCCCAGUGCUUCCCUUCCUCCUCCUCUUCCUCCUCCUCCUCCUCCCCACCUCUCCCCUCCGCAUCCCUGUGAUCCCAGCCGGGGAAGGCGGCCGUGCCGUCGCUCCCUGCCCUCCCUGUGUGUCCCCGUGUGUCCCCGGCGUUCCCGGAGCAGCCACCGCCACCGGCCCUCGCUCGGAGGGAGGAGCUGGAGCCGGGCCCCGCUCCCCGGAGCCCUGUUCGUUCCCCGUGUGCCGGUAUAUAUCACUGCCCUCCCGUGACGCUUCCUUCUUUCUUUACUGCUAAAUUCUGCACACCAGCUUCAGCUCGGCAGCCUUGCCUUUGCUUUGGUCGAUUUUUUUUUCCAACACUUGAACUGAGGGAAAAUUAGAAGGAGAGGAGAGGAGCAGGGUGAGCCCCUCGGCAGCACGCUGAGCCUGGAGCCUGGUUCCCAGGCUGGAGCCUCCUGGGUCCCAGCCUGAGACCAGCCAGGGUGGCCUUGGCAGGGCUGGAGCCGAGCUCCAGGCUCACCGGCCGGGCAGGGGCGCUGGGAGCAGAGUUUGUGUGCUGGGCAGCAGCCGGAGACGUUCGUGGGCAACCAAAGAGGAGGUGGAGGCUGAGAUGUCGCGUUCCUCUUGCUCUUCCUGGGGCACCCCAGGCCUGUGGUGGCCUGAGAUGUCCCGGGAUGAGUUUCCCUGGGAUGCGGUUCCCAGGGAUGUCCCAGGAUGAGUUUCCUUGGGAUGCCCCAGGAUGAGGCUCCCUGGGAUGUCCCAGGAUGAGUUUCCCUGGGAUGUCCCGGGAUGAGAUUCCCUGGAAUGCCCUGGGAUGAGUUUCCCUGGGAUGUCCCGGGAUGAGAUUCCCUGGGAUGUCCCGGGAUGAGUUUCCCUGGGAUGUCCCGGGAUGAGUUUCCCUGGGAUGUCCCGGGAUGAGAUUCCCGGGGUGCCCAGGUGAGGCCCCGGGCAAAGGGCGCUGGCCGCUCCCGGUUCAGGGACUGCAGGAGGAAGGCAAGUGGCAACAUUGCACUUUAUCUUCUGAGAUUGCAAAAAGCAAACGAGCCCUGCCCCGCUGCAAAGGGACAGUGACGUCUCCUUCUCCCUGCACCACUUUUCUCCCAUUUCCGAUGGUUUCCCGAGCGCCGGGCGGCCCUGGCCGGGCGGUGGUGGCUGCGUGCGGUGCCCAGGCUGUCCCUGCCCAAACCCCGGCCCAGCUGAGCCCCGGCCCGUGCUUCUGUGCCACUUCUCUAACACUUGUUGUGCCUGUGUUUAGCUGAUGAACUAAAUCCAGAUACACUAGUUUGCCGUGGUGUUUCUAGGACAGCUUCAGUUUUAAUACGGAUUUCUUUUUUAAUUUUAUUUUGAGGAAGCGGCUGUACAUAUUGCUAGGCUGGGAAGGAGCCGUGUGUGGUGGGAAUGACUUUAGUUUCCUGUCUGGAGAGGUGGGAUGAGCUGGGUACUGCUGAGACCUUAACGCUGCUGGGGAAGGGGCUGCGGGCGCCCGUGGCUCCAUCGAGGGCUGGAGGCAGCAAAUCCGGGGGGGAAACAGGAGCUGAGCUCUGAAUGAGCUGCAGGUUGAAUGUACACGUUCCUGUCCCGGGCUGGCGCCGCGGGUCCUGGCUUUGGCCGCACUGGGGGGACUCUGGGCUGGGCAGGGGCUGAGCGGGGCCAGGCGGGCGCUGCUGGCUGGCUCCGGGCAGAGCUUUGCAGAGCUCAGGGCGAGGAGCGGCGCUCCGGAGGGGCUGAGCCGCCCAAGGCCGGUGGGGAGGCGGCGGGGCCGGGGCAGGGCUGGGUGCGAGCUCCGGCCCGGCGGGGCUGCGCCUCCCCCGGCGGCAGCAGCCGGAGCCCGGCAUAGCAGCGGCGGGCGCGGUUCCUUUGGGCUUUUCACACCGUUAAACGGCAGCAUUCGUGGCUCCCGCUCGGCUCCCGGCCGCGAAGUGAAUGUAGUUUUUCUACGCUGCCCCUCGCGCUGUCCCCGCGUAGUGUCGGUGUGCGAGAGGGCCCCGGGACCCUCGCGUGUUCGUGUUUAGGCAGAAUUCCUAGGUUUUUUUGGAGCUCGGUGUCGGUGGCGUCCUCGGGGGUGACGGGGCUCCCCUGAGGGCAGCGCCGAGUCCCUGCGGAGCCGCGGCCCCGCUGAGGCCGGGCUGGGGCCCAGCACCUCCAGGCUCAGGGGAAAUGUCCCUCGUGGCCCGUGGAGCCGGCGGGUGGGGCGGGAGCGGCUCCGGGCGGCAGCAGCAGCAUGGAAAGGGCUCUGAGGGGGCUCUGAGGGGCUCCGGCUCUCCCUCCUCCCUCCCGCCUGCGCCCCAGCCCGGGCAGCGCCCGCUUUCCGCCCUCCCGGCACGGUCCCGAGGUCACACACGAGGCCGCCCGCCCCUCGUGCCGUGCCCCCGCCCGGCCGGCCCCGCCGUCCCUCGGUGGCACCGAGUCGGGAGCGAGCGCAGUGACCGCGGGCGGCGCGGCCGGGGACGAGGGCUCGGCCCGGAGGGCGAUCCCGGCCCUUGGCUCCCUCUCGGGAAGCCACUCAACCUCUCUGCCUCAGUUUCCCCAUCUGCAAAGGUGGGGGGGAUUCAAUUUUACCUCACCGGGCUGUUGGGAGGCGUGAGCAGCGCGUGACGUGUUCUCUAAAUGUGACGUGUUAUUAUUAUUUUGUGUCAUAGGAUUAUUCUGCAGGGCGUGCCCGAGGAGGGGGGGACUCCGCUGUCCCUGCGCCGUGGUGGGGAGGCGAGGGCUGGGGAGGGGAGGUCAGUGCUUGGUGUGAGACAACAGCUCUGGGGGGCCGGGGCAGAGCCCCCGGCCCGGGGGGAGCCCAGCGGUUGCUUCUGCCUUUGUGUCUCCCCUGCCCGGGGGCUGUAAGAGCGUCGUCUCCUUAGCAACAUUUCCUGACUUGAUGUUGUGAUUCUUACUAUUGUAAAGGGUUGAAAUAAAGCUUCUAGAUGUUCCUG